AUGGAUGACGUCACCAUCGGCAGACAUUGUCAUGAUCCACAUGGUGAGGUGCUCAACUUGGACGAUGAGUCAAGCGAUUUAUUCCGGGAAAUGCGCUGCGAGGCGUGCAGGCAGCCCUUGCGAGAAUACUUCUACUAUGAAUGCAGCAGUGGAUGUGUGAGCACAAUUGCAGAUCUCCAUAUUGAAGAUCAGAAAGACAAUGUGGUUGACUCCUCAGAAACACCACCUGGAUCUCAGCCCCCCGUACGGCUAUGCGUCGCAUGCACCCGCAAAGUUGAUCAACUGACGCAAUGCGAACGAAAACACUGCCAGAAGAUCUUCUACACUAAGAGCGACAACAAAGGAUUGGCCUCCUUUAGAGCGAAGUUGCGAAAGCGCGAGUUCGGAACAGAUGCUUCAUCUCAUCCAUCGCUGACAAAAGCAGCGCACAAGAUCAUAUCUCCAGCUCAGUUUGCAAAUGCCGGACCAAUUCACGUUGCUCUCACUUUCGGGCCUCUAAUGAUAGAGAAUGGCCUGAGGCCUGUCUACAAAGCAGACAUCUCGUGUCGUCCAAUUCCAUCGCUACGUUAUGAGCCACCUCGGAUGAAGAUGAUCUACUCCGAAAGAGACGCAACGAAAGAAACAGUUCUCAUAGGACACGUGUAUGACGACAAAACCCAUAAACGCGUGAUCAAAGAGCUGCACGAGAAGCCGAGAACAGACCGCCGCAUCCUUGGGUGUGUCAAAAAGGUGUGUGGUGGCGCGUUCUCUGGACACAAUGUGCAUUUUGCAGACGGUGAGCGGCAAGUGGUAAGACGUGUGAUUGAGGCCAAGUCUAGCUUUAAGCUAAGCGGGGAGUCUGUAGGUUGGGUCGCUCGAGCGCGAUCGAACUUACACGCGGUCUCGCUGCCCAUUGUCGAAGCCAUCAAAGAAACCUUUGGUCAUGAAGUCAACCUGUACCUCGAGCAUUUCGCCAAGGUUUUGGCAAAUCAAGAAGUCCGCCUGGAUUGGGAUUUACGAGAAAACAACUGCCAGGCUUUUGCAACAAAUCUUCUCAAAGACUUGCCAAUGUAUGGCACAUUCCAUCCCAUGCCUAAAGCCUUUCUUAACGACGAAGACGUCCGAGACGCGAAAGACUGGCCUUGUCCUCGUUACGCAAUGUCCUUCGGGUCACGUAUCGACACCCCGAUUGCAUUAUUGCGCCCGCAACCUCGGUCUCUCAUUUGGAACUUCUAUCACAAGAAAAGGGACAACUGUGAUAUCAUCGAAUUCGGAGAGGUAUAUCGAAGAAAGCCUUGUGCUUUCCCGACCGAGGCAUGGCAACUGCUCGACAGUAUCGGAGACACCGGAGCAGCAAAGAUCUCGUUAGUCGACGCUCUAUGGAGCAUUCCGAGAGACUCCAUAUCCAUCUUGCACACGCACUUCCUGCGCCAAUCUUCAACGUACUCUAAUGCCGAACAACAAGUGUUGAGUAGGGAGGAGUGGGUCAAGAAUCGUCUUCGCGUGAUGCAUCAGCUCGAUGUUUUCGCUAGUUUGUGUGGUUCAAUGACCGCAGCGCUAAUGGAGCAACGUGUCGAGAAGGUGCAUCUCCUCGAAAAAUACUUUCCUCCGCCUGCAGAGGAAUUUGGUGUCUUCCACACCGAGGAGAAGAUUGGCGCGAAAGAAAUUGGCACAAACAAGAAAUGA